GUCCAUUCUCCCUUAAAAAUCCAUGAAUUUUUCACGAAAUGUAGGUGCGGGAGAGACGAUAGAAGAGGAGGGGGACGCGGAACACCUCCAGUUGAUUUCCCUCAAACAUUCCAUCGACGAUCUGUACCUCCUCACCAUGUCCAUCAUCAUCUUCUUCAUGCAGGCGGGCUUCGCGUUCAUGGAAGCUGGCGCCGUCAGAUCCAAGAACACGGUGAACAUCCUCAUCAAGAAUCUCCUCGACAUGUUGAUUGGCGGAAUCGCGUACUGGCUGAUCGGAUUUCCGCUGGCCUUCGGUAGCGAGGGGAACUUUUUCCUCAGUUACAACUUCUGGGCCAACAACAACUUACCCGUAAAGGAGUACGGUCACUGGUUCUUUGACUUCGUCCAUGCCGCCACCGCCUCCACCCUCGUCUCUGGCUCCAUGGCGGAAAGAUGCAAUUUUUACGCCUACCUCGUAUAUUCUUUCAUUAUCACAGGGUUCAUCUACCCGGUGGCUUCCCAUUGGGCGUGGCACCCACAAGGGUGGCUGAAGAGGACGGCAUUCAAGGACUACGCCGGAGGAGGCGUGGUGCACAUGCUGGGUGGAACGUGCGCCCUCGUCGGUGCUGCCCUCAUGGGUCCUCGCAUUUCAAGAUUCCAUGGGAAGACCGGCGAACCACACGACAUUCGAGGCCACUCAGUUCCAUUGGCGGCACUGGGCGGAUUCAUCCUGUUGUUCGGCUUCCUGGCAUUCAACGCUGGAUUCCGGGGUCACAUCAGUCAGUCUGGUGACGGUGAAGUCAUCAGCCGGGCCCUCGUUAAUGCCCUCCUGGGCGCAUGUGGAGGCGGGGUCGGGGCUCUUGUCAUCCAUCGCGCUGGUACCUUUGGGCCCACCAACGCAUGGAGUUUCCUCAUGACGCUCAACGGUGCCCUGGCUGGACUCGUGGGCGUGUGCGCUGGGAGCGACGUCUUCCCCUCGUGGGCUGCCCUCGUCGUCGGCGUGGGGGCCGGAUUCACCUUCCUCUGCCUUCACUUCCUCCUCCUCAGGCUCAAAGUUGAUGACCCUUUGGACGCGUUCCCUGUUCAUUUCGGGGGCGGACUCUUCGGGAUCGUCGCCGUCGCCUUCUUCAUGGAAGGCGGCAUUGUCUUCGAUCCUUCCAGGAACUCUGCCACGGUGCUGGGAUGGAACCUGGUAGGAGCAGCGUCCAUCUCCGGCUGGUCAGCCUCUCUCUGCCUCGUCCUCUUCGGAAUCCUCAAGAAACUCGGGAUCCUCCGCGUCUCGAGGGAAAUGGAAAUCCAAGGGAUGGACUUGAUGAAGCACAACGAGCCGGCUUAUCCGAGCACUGCUUGGGAGGAUUGCGAUCCCGGGCAAUACGGCACUUCCACCAUGGCCAGCAAACUCUUAUCCGUGAUGGGCUACAAGGGGUCUCUAGUGGACUCGGCAACCCGGAUGCAGGGCCCCUUCGCUCGGCCGUCUCGCUCCUCGUGUCUGGCCAGCAUUCGCAAGGAGACCAUGCCAGUCGUGCUCUCCACCGGCGACCUCCCCUCUCUGAGCGACCUCUCCUCCCCAAGCGACCCCCCCUCUCACCGCGAGAGCAUGCCCAACUUGCUCUUGGUCUCCACGAAGACGCCGGACGCUCCGGGAAUCGAUCCGCGGCGGGGUUCCGUCGCCUCCGUUCCCUAGUCUCGACGGUGACACCGCCCCACGGCCUCAUGUCACACUUUUUUCGUCACAUGUGACUUAGAAACAUUUUUUACUGCAUCAUUCCAUUUCAACAGCCUUCGAACUCGUAUAACGUUACAUCCUCAUCUGACUUCAUACCUUUUGUAACUUUAUCCUCGUGCGAAACUUUUAUUACUUUUAUUACCUGCUUCCACGAAAGGACAAAUGAGGAAAUUUAACUUCGAUCCCUUUAAAUUUGCAAGACAAAUUUAAAGGGAUCGAAGCGAUCCUGCCUAGUCAUGCCUGGGCGCCUUUCGACGAAAGUGGAGCCGACCUCCUGCGGGUGAACGCCGGGUAUCUUUCAUCAUUAGCUCCUUCUCGACAGCCCGUGAAUAAUGCAUUCUCUGAAUAAACGAUUCCUGCGGUAUUUC